AAGAAGGAACAUUGGAGAAUGAGGAGGUACGGAUUGCAAAUCAGGGCUCCGUCCCAGAAAAAGCAGUCAUCAUCUCGGCCUCCACUUCUUACCGCUUCGAUAUUCGGUGAAGACGAAGACCACGACGUUGAGAAGGAGAUUUCUCGACAAGCUUCAAAGACCAAAGCUCUUAAAGAAAUUGAGGAGCAGCAUAAGAAAGCCUUGAAAGAGGAUCCUUCAGCUUUCGCAUACGAUGAUGUUUAUGAUGACAUGAAACAGAAAGCAGUUCUCCCACGAGCGCAAGAUCGUGAAGAGCGCAAGCCAAAAUAUAUACAGCAAUUGAUGAAAAAGGCAGACCAGAGACGGAGAGAACAGGAAAUAAUUUAUGAGAGAAAGCUUGCUAAAGAGAGGGAGAAAGACGAACAUCUUUUCUCGGAUAAAGAAAAGUUUAUAACUGGUGCUUAUAAAAGGAAACUCGAGAAAGAUCAGAAAUGGCAGGCGGAAGAAAGAUUGCGUGAACUUCGAGAGGAAAGAGAUGAUGUUACAAAGAAGAAAGACUUGAGUGAUUUCUACUUCAACAUUGGGAAAAACGUUGCAUUUGGAGCACGAGACGUCGAAGCUAAAGAGGCAGAGAGACUCGAGGAACAAAGAAAGGUGGAGAAGCUGGAGGAGCUGAGGAAAGAGGAAACAAAGACAGAGGAGAAAACAGAUUCACCGGAGAAGGAAGUGUCGCCUGAAUCUGGAAAUACUGGUUCAAGUAGUAUGAAGAGGAAAAGUGUGGAACCGCAAGAAGAGAAGCAAGCUGCAUCUGAGAAGAAGAUUGGUUCAGAUGCUGCGGAAGAGAGAGACUCAUCAAUCAAAGAGGCGGCGAAAGAUGCUCCCAAAGCGACUUACCAGCACAAGAAGAGCGAGGUUGCGAUCGCUGCUGCUACAGAACGGUACUUAGCUCGUAAGAAGGCAAAGAUUGAGGAAUAG